AUGAGCCCUGCAAUGGUUCUGCAAAGCUACCGAGUGACGGCGACGGACGGCUCGGCCCCUCUGGGCCAGACCGCCGUGCUCACGUGCCACGUGCCCGACCACGUGCGCGUCACCGUGCGCGUCAUCUCGUGGGGCGUCCAGGGCCGUGUCAACGUCUACCCUACUCUGCUCGGAGACGACAAAUACCACAUGGUGCCGUCCGGGGAGCUGCUGGUGCGUGACGUCACCAGUGAUGACGUCACCGACCGAUUCCUGUGUCGCACGGUGCAUCUGCUGACGGACCAGCACGUCACCAGCGAGCCGUCAGCCAGGGUCGUCAUCCGAGAGCGGACGCCGUCACCAGGAGGCAGCCUUCCAGUGAUCGUGGCCUCGUCUUCGGCUCUGCACGUGCGGGCGGGAGACGACGCUGUCCUCUUCUGUGUGGCCCAGUCAGACGAACGCACUCCGCCCCGAGUCAGCUGGACUCGAGACGUGACCGGUCGGCCGGAGCCAGUGCCUGCGCCGGUGACCGGUCAUGGUGACGUCACAGCCUCAGGUCACGUGCUCGCAAUCCGUUCAGCAAGGCCGCGUCAUGCCGGCUGGUAUCACUGCAGGGCGGACGGUGGCAACGGUCACGUGACUGAAAAACUACGGCUCCAUGUGCAG